UGAUCACGUGACCCCCCCGGAGCCGCCGUUGCUCUGCUGCUGCUGCUGAAGUUUCUAUGAUGGCGGCCAGUAAUUAUUAUGGAUUCACACAUGCAGCCGCUGCUGCCGCCGGCCCGCAGUACAGCGCCCAGCCGCCUCCAGCAUAUUCCCACCCAACCACGGGCAGCUAUAGCGUCCAGCCCGCCCCUGGAGUGGCCCACGCGGUGACGGCCUCGUACCCUGUGCCCACUGCCCAACCGGCCCGUCCCGCAGUGACCGCCCCCUACCCCACCUACCAGCCUCAUCCCACCCCCAACUACGGCUACCGGCCGCCCGAAACGACCCCGCAGCCCACGACCACCCCUCAAACAUACCAGGUGUUGACUGAACCGGAGAAUUAUACUUACGGCCGCCCGCCGGCGGUCAGCAGCUUCGAGAACAAGCAGUAUUUCCAGACGAGCAUCACUCCUGCGCAGAGACCCGCGACAGAGGCCUACUUCCAGACAGGGCUGAAGAGUGGCUACACCCCCGUGAGCACAGUGUACAGUCAGCCGGUCCUGAGACAGGUCUCGGCUCUGAAACCGCCCCCCGCCGCCAGCGCCGUGUCCUCCAGCUACACCAUCUACCCCACGUCCACCAGCGUCCAGCAAACUCCAGCCCCCAUCUCCACUUACACACACAGCUCUUCCUUCAACUCCACCGCAGCCACGUCCUACUCCGCCGGCCUCAGUUACUCCAGCUACGAGUCUAGCGGUUACACGUCCGCGCCGUCGUACUUCCAGCCGAGUCCAUGUCCUCCUCAGGCUCCUCUUCAGCAGGCUCCGCCUCCACCGCCACAGCCUCCCAAACAGCUCGCCAACUCGUCCUGGAGCGGCGGCCCCGCGUACAAGAAGCCCGUCUUCCACCAGAACAAGAUCCAGAAGCCCAAAGGCCCGCCGAAACAGCCUCAGCUGCACUACUGCGACAUCUGCAAGAUCAGCUGCGCCGGGCCACAGACGUAUCGAGAGCAUCUGGAAGGACAGAAGCACAAGAAGAAGGAGGCGUCUCAGAGCAGUGUCAGUCAGGUGACCAACGGGCCUCGCGGCGUGCAGACGCAGUUGCGCUGUGAGUUGUGUGACGUCUCCUGCACCGGCGCCGAUGCGUAUGCCGCACACAUUCGGGGAUCCAAGCACCAGAAGGUCGUGAAGUUACACACCAAACUUGGCAAACCCAUCCCUUCCACCGAGCCCGUUUUCGUGAGCUCCACCUCUGUUGCCAUGACGACGACUACUAGUAAAGCAGCCGCGACGACGACGACAGCCGCUACAACCCCGGCAUCAGUGGCGCAGAAGACGCUAGCGGCGGCUCCGUCCAAACCUGUGAGAAAACCCCCCGCUGCUAAGGUGGCCGUCGUCGGCAGCCGAGCCUCCACAGCGGCUCCGGCGAAGAUGGAGGAGGUGAAGCCGGCCGCGGUGAAGACGGACCCUUCGAGUGAGGAUGAGGACGGUGACGGAGCCGGAGCUCAAGGAGACAUCCAGCCUGUGGGACACGAUUACGUAGAAGAGGUUCGAAACGACGACGGGAAGGUGAUUCGCUUCCACUGUAAACUGUGUGAAUGCAGUUUCAACGAUCCCAACGCUAAAGACAUGCACCUGAAAGGACGGAGACACCGGCUGCAGUACAAGAAAAAAGUGAACCCAGACCUCCCUGUGGAGAUCAAGCCCAGCAAUCGAGCGCGGAAGCUUCUGGAAGUCAAGUUACGCAAACAGAAGCAGAAGUCUGUGCUGAAGAGACAGCAAGAGGACGAGCAGCGCUGGCACAUGGAGAUGAGCAGGAGGUACGAGGAGGACAUGUACUGGAGGAGGAUGGAGGAGGACCAGUUGUACUGGGGGGAUCAGAGGCACAGGAUGGCUCCGCCUCCUCUGAUGGGCCGGCCCAACAUGCCGGUGCCGCCCCUACUGCCCGUGCGGCGGCCAGAUUCGCCCGACGACCGGCACAUCAUGUCCAAACACUCGGCCAUAUACCCCGUGGAGGAGGAGCUUCAGGCCGUCCAGCGAAUCGUCUCGCAUGCUGAGCGCGCUCUCAAGCUGGUGUCUGAUUCGCUGCUGGAGAAGGAGGCGUGUUCUGCGGACGACGACACCGCCGAUGACGUGACGGACAAAAAGUCCGAGUCUCAGGCUCGUGUUCUCAAAGGAGUCAUGCGUGUGGGAAUCCUGGCUAAAGGUCUCCUCCUGCGCGGCGACCGCAACGUGCAGCUCAUCCUGCUCGCGGCCAAGAAACCCACCGUCAGUCUUCUGAGAACCGUCGCGGAGCAGCUGCCCAAACAACUAGCGACCUUUUCUGAAGAUCAGUAUGAGGUGCAGGUACACCCUGAGGAAGCCAACAUCGUCAUUUUUUCAAGCAAGGAACCAAAAAUGCAGGUCACCAUCUCUCUUACCUCGCCAGUGAUGCGCGAAGACCCCGUCCCCAACAUGGAGAAAGUGUCUGAGAAAGACCCUCCGGAUGUCCUCAACAGGAUCAAGUGCCUUGAGUAUUUAGCGGCUCUGCGACAUGCUAAAUGGUUUCAGGCUCGGGCAAACGGUCUUCAAUCUUGCGUCAUCAUUAUUCGUGUUCUGCGGGACCUGUGUCAGCGCGUACCUUCCUGGGGCAAGAUGCCCAACUGGGCUAUGGAGCUGCUGGUGGAGAAAGCAAUUAGCAGCGCAACCGGUCCGCUAGGCCCUGGAGAGGCUCUGCGGAGGGUCCUCGAGUGCAUCACCACUGGGAUUCUCCUGCCUGAUGGUCCAGGUCUUCAAGACCCCUGUGAGAAAGGUCAAACGGACUCUCUGGGAAGCAUGUCAAAACAAGCGAGGGAAGACGUGACCGCGAGCGCACAGCACGCCCUGCGACUUCUGGCUUUCCGUCAGAUCCAUAAAGUCCUGGGCAUGGGCUCCUUAGCGGCCUCUAAAGCCGCCGCUCGAAACCGCAAGAGGCGGCGAGAGGCCAGCGACCCCGGCGAGGGAGAAACCGACGGAAAGAAGGAUAAAAAAGAAGAUUCCAAUCCUUGAGAUGUCUGCGUAAUCUUCUAUGUCCUCUAAAAUGUAUAAAUAUCACUCAACGAGGAAAAAAAUAGCACUUGAUGGUUCCGUUUUUUUCAAAAGGACGAGAAAUGGAAAAAAAACAGUAGUUCCCCUUUUAUGAUGUAUUGCGUCGUUCUAUUACAUCUGAGCUGCAAAUAGGCCGAAAUGCUCAUGAGGUUCAAACCGACAUAUAAAAUAAACUGAACGUCACGUUAGAUCUAUUAGGCACUUUCACAUAUUAAUGGCACUUAAUUAAAAGCUUUAAUUAUCUCGACACAGGCCAGUCUUUUUUAUGUUUACAUCAGAUGUAUAGUGGGGCCUAAAAGUCUGAGAACACUCUGAGAUUUUGGAAAUAAACACGUUUUAUGAUUUAGAAUAAUGUACAACAAUCAUUGUAACAAAAUAAGAAAUAUUUCAGAUUUCUCCGUAACUAAUGAUAUGGCGGCACGUUAAUAACAUUGAAUAUGUAAACGGCUAAACGCAAAUUGUUAUAAUUUGAUUUAAAAAAUAUAUUUUUUGGGGAGGGAAUGUAAAAGUCUCAGACUUUUGGAUCCCACUGCAUAUAAAUCAAAAUAUUUAGAUAUAUUUAUAAAUCAGUUUUAUUCUAUAUAAUAAUAUUAUGUAUUAUGUGAAUGCAAAGAAAUGAGUUGUAUCUUUAAAAAAAAAAAAAUGACGUUUUUAAAAUAGGUAGUUGGUAGUGUUCACUAAUAAGCUGUUUAAAGCGACACGAAUCGGCUUUGUGUGGUUGUUCAUUAACCCGACACUGGAUUUAUACACGUUUGGGUAUCCGAUCUGAGGGCAAAAAUGCACAAAAAUAGACUUGUUACUUAUCAUUAUUUUAAUUUGCAUACUGAAUAAUCGCUGAUUUCACAGUGAGAAGACAGGGUAUCGUACGCGCUAGUUUCGCGAGUCUGUGGUUCUUCACACGUGCCUGCGCUAGAGAUUUAAAGUACUUGAAAUGUGAACGAGGAGGUGAAUUUACGGUUUUUCAUAUUGCAAUAUAAUAUAAUGUAAUAAUACCUCUCUAUUCUUAAGUUUUUUAUACAAAAAAGUAAAGAUGCGCACUAGGAAGAUUGCUGUUAGCACAUUUAAAUUGAUUAUUGAUAUCGCCUGGAUUAUGUUCUGCCACAUGUUUUUAUGUAUAAUCGCAUUUUUAAAUGUUCCUGCUGAGUGUUUGUUCUCGUUUUGUAGGACUGUGAAAAAUGAUAUUGUGAUCUUUCUUUUAGAAUAUCGGUGUAGUGCUGCUUAACUAAAUAAACAGAAAAACGAUCGGACUAAA